AUGGGAUGUGUAAAUAGCAAUUCUCAUUUAAAAAAGAAGAAAGAUUUAGAUAUCUCUAACGUUCCUAUCAUGUUAAAUAAUCAAAAAUCAUCUAAUAUUGAAAAAAUUUAGGAUAAUUGGUUAGAAAUGAAAAAUAACUCAAUACUUGUUAGACGACAUUAAUAAAGCAAACAUUCUAUUAAGGUCAAUACUAAUUCAAAAUCUCCUUUGUCUUGCGUAAGUCGCAGCUGA